AUGGGACAAGCAGCUUCCACUGCCGCCGUCGUCAACCGUCGGGAAAGACACACCAACACCGCGAAAACCACUAGAUCCACCUCCUUGGUUUCUCCGAUGAACGCUACCGGAGAAGACGAUGAAGAUAUUAUAGAUCCGGUUAACCGUGGAAUCUCCGAUUAUAUAUCAGAUCUACCAGAUGAGUGUUUAGCGAUUGUGUUUCAGUCGUUGAGCCCCGGUGACCGGAAUCAGUGUUCGCUCGUUUGCCGGCGGUGGUUGACUGUUGAAGGACAGAGUCGGCAGCGGUUGUCGUUGAACGCGAAGCUGGAUCUGCUUCCGAUGAUUUCGUCUCUCUUCAAUCGAUUCGAUUCGGUGACGAAACUUGCUUUGAAAUGCGAUCUAAUAGGCUAUUACAUCGGUGGAAACUCCAACCGAUGUAAUAGGUUGCUUUUUUUUUUUAAAUACGUGUUGGGCUAUUACAUCGGUGGAGAGUCCGAACCGAUGUAA